AGAAAUGUUAAAAUGUUCAGUAAAUUGGAGAAAAAAAACAUGGAUUUUUAGCAACUGAAGAGCAGUUUAAGGAUUCAGAUUUGGGAUAUUGGUGUUUCUGUUUUUGAGGAAUAUUUCUUUUUUGAUUUUAAAUUUUUUUUUUAAAUCAUCAGUCUUGGAAUACAGGAGGAACCAGAAAGACAAUUAUUUUGUUUCACGUUUGAAACAUUCGCUCUUGAGGUACUCUCAAGCCCAAGUACACAACCAUGUGGCCAUCACAGCUACUAGUCUUCAUGAUGCUCUUAGCACCAAUAGUUCAUGGUGGCAAGCACAAUGAUCGACAUCCAGCCCUUGCUGCUCCGCUGCGACAUGCUGAGCGCAGCCCAGGAGGCGCUCUACCACCCAGGCAUCUCCUUCAGCAGCCAGCCGCAGAGCGUGCCACUUCUCAUCGUGGACAAGGGCCCCGUGGAGCUUCCAGAGGAGUUCGUGGUCCAGGUGCCCAAGGAGCCCAGAUCACAGCCCAAGCUUUCAGCCGCGCCCCAAUACCGAUGGCUGUGGUACGAAGAGAGCUCUCCUGUGAGAGCUACCCCAUAGAGCUCCGCUGUCCAGGAACAGAUGUCAUCAUGAUUGAAAGUGCCAACUAUGGGAGGACUGAUGACAAAAUCUGUGACUCUGACCCUGCUCAGAUGGAGAAUAUACGAUGCUAUCUGCCAGAUGCCUAUAAGAUUAUGUCUCAAAGGUGCAAUAACAGAACCCAGUGUGCAGUGGUGGCAGGUCCUGAUGUUUUUCCAGACCCAUGUCCGGGAACCUAUAAAUACCUUGAAGUUCAGUACGAAUGUGUUCCUUACAAAGUGGAACAAAAAGUUUUUCUUUGUCCUGGACUACUAAAAGGAGUUUACCAGAGUGAACAUUUGUUUGAGUCCGACCACCAAUCUGGGGCAUGGUGCAAAGACCCUCUGCAGGCUUCUGACAAGAUUUAUUAUAUGCCCUGGACCCCCUACAGAACUGAUACCCUGACUGAAUACUCAUCCAAGGAUGACUUCAUUGCUGGAAGGCCAACUACAACCUACAAGCUUCCUCACAGGGUGGAUGGCACAGGAUUUGUAGUAUACGAUGGAGCUUUGUUCUUCAACAAAGAGCGCACCAGGAACAUAGUAAAGUUUGAUUUGCGAACUAGGAUAAAGAGUGGAGAGGCUAUCAUAGCAAAUGCCAAUUACCAUGAUACUUCUCCUUACCGUUGGGGAGGCAAAUCUGACAUAGACCUGGCAGUGGAUGAGAAUGGGCUAUGGGUCAUCUAUGCAACAGAACAAAACAAUGGUAAAAUUGUCAUUAGCCAAUUGAACCCUUACACUCUACGGAUUGAAGGGACAUGGGAUACUGCAUAUGAUAAAAGAUCAGCUUCCAAUGCUUUUAUGAUUUGUGGGAUUCUGUAUGUGGUCAAAUCUGUAUAUGAGGAUGAUGACAAUGAGGCCACGGGGAAUAAGAUUGACUACAUUUACAACACCGACCAAAGUAAGGAUAGUUUGGUGGAUGUACCUUUUCCCAACUCAUACCAAUACAUAGCAGCCGUGGAUUACAACCCCAGGGACAACCUUCUUUAUGUAUGGAAUAACUAUCAUGUCGUGAAAUAUUCCUUGGAUUUUGGACCUCUGGAUAGUAGAUCAGGGCAGGCACAUCAUGGACAGAUAUCAUACAUCUCUCCACCAAUUCACCUUGACUCGGAGCUGGAAAGACCCCCUGUUAGAGAAAUUUCUACUACAGGACCUCUUGGCAUGGGAAGCACCACCACCAGUACCACCCUUCGGACCACAACUGGGAGUACAGGCAGGAGUACCACCCCAUCAGUGUCAGGAAGAAAAAACUGGAGUACUAGCACCCCGUCUCCAGCUGUUGAAGUGCUCGAUGAUAUUACCACACACCUUCCAUCAGCAUCAUCUCAAAUCCCAGCUCUGGAAGAGAGCUGUGAUGCUGUGGAAGCCCGAGAAAUCAUGUGGUUUAAGACCCGUCAAGGACAGAUGGCAAAACAGCCAUGCCCCACGGGAACUAUAGGAGUAUCAACUUAUCUAUGCCUGGCUCCUGAUGGAAUCUGGGAUCCCCAAGGACCAGAUCUUAGCAACUGUUCUUCUCCUUGGGUCAACCAUAUAACACAAAAGUUGAAAUCUGGAGAGACAGCUGCCAACAUUGCUCGAGAGUUGGCUGAACAAACAAGAAAUCAUUUGAAUGCUGGAGACAUCACCUAUUCUGUCCGUGCCAUGGAUCAGCUGGUCGGCCUCCUUGAUGUACAACUCAGGAACUUAACCCCAGGUGGAAAAGACAGUGCCGCACGCAGUUUGAACAAGCUUCAGAAAAGAGAGCGCUCUUGCAGAGCCUAUGUCCAGGCAAUGGUCGAGACAGUUAACAACCUCCUUCAGCCACAAGCUUUGAAUGCGUGGAGAGACCUGACUACAAGUGAUCAACUCCGUGCAGCCACCAUGUUGCUUGACACUGUGGAGGAAAGUGCUUUUGUGCUGGCUGAUAACCUUUUGAAGACUGACAUUGUCAGGGAGAACACAGACAAUAUUCAAUUGGAAGUUGCAAGACUGAGUACAGAAGGAAACUUAGAAGACUUAAAAUUUCCAGAAACCAUGGGUCAUGGAAGCACUAUCCAGCUUUCUGCAAAUACUUUAAAACAAAAUGGCCGAAAUGGAGAGAUCAGAGUGGCCUUUGUCCUAUAUAACAACUUAGGUCCUUAUUUGUCCACGGAGAAUGCCAGCAUGAAGUUGGGAACAGAAGCUAUGUCCACCAAUCAUUCUGUUAUUGUCAAUUCCCCUGUUAUUACAGCAGCAAUAAACAAAGAGUUCAGUAAUAAGGUCUAUUUGGCUGAUCCUGUGGUGUUCACAGUUAAGCAUAUUAAGCAGUCCGAGGAAAAUUUCAACCCCAACUGUUCAUUUUGGAGCUAUUCUAAGCGCACAAUGACAGGUUACUGGUCAACUCAAGGCUGUCGGCUCCUGACAACAAAUAAGACACAUACUACAUGCUCUUGUAAUCACCUAACCAAUUUUGCAGUGCUGAUGGCACAUGUGGAAGUUAAGCACAGUGACGCAGUCCAUGACCUUCUUCUGGAUGUGAUCACAUGGGUUGGAAUUCUGCUGUCCCUUGUUUGUCUCUUGAUCUGCAUCUUCACAUUUUGCUUCUUCCGCGGACUCCAGAGCGACCGUAACACCAUCCACAAGAACCUCUGCAUCAGCCUCUUUGUAGCAGAAUUACUCUUUCUGAUCGGGAUCAACCGAACUGACCAACCGAUUGCCUGUGCGGUUUUUGCUGCCCUCUUACAUUUCUUCUUCUUGGCUGCCUUCACCUGGAUGUUCCUGGAGGGAGUGCAGCUCUAUAUCAUGCUGGUGGAGGUUUUUGAGAGCGAACAUUCACGUAGAAAAUACUUUUACCUGGUCGGCUAUGGCAUGCCUGCACUCAUUGUGGCUGUGUCAGCUGCAGUAGACUACAGGAGUUAUGGAACAGAUAAAGUAUGUUGGCUCCGACUUGACACCUACUUCAUUUGGAGUUUUAUAGGACCAGCGACCUUGAUAAUUAUGCUUAAUGUCAUCUUCCUUGGGAUUGCUUUAUAUAAAAUGUUUCAUCAUACUGCCAUUCUGAAACCUGAAUCGGGCUGUCUUGAUAAUAUCAAGUCAUGGGUUAUAGGUGCAAUAGCUCUUCUCUGCCUCUUAGGAUUGACCUGGGCCUUUGGACUCAUGUAUAUUAAUGAAAGCACUGUCAUCAUGGCGUAUCUCUUCACCAUUUUCAAUUCUCUACAGGGGAUGUUUAUAUUCAUUUUCCAUUGUGUCCUACAAAAGAAGGUACGCAAAGAGUACGGGAAAUGCCUGAGAACACAUUGUUGUAGUGGCAAAAGUACAGAGAGUUCCAUUGGCUCAGGGAAAACAUCUGGUUCUCGAACUCCUGGACGCUACUCCACAGGCUCACAGAGCCGAAUUCGUAGAAUGUGGAAUGACACGGUCCGAAAGCAGUCAGAAUCCUCCUUCAUUACUGGAGAUAUAAACAGUUCAGCGUCACUCAACAGAGAGGGGCUUCUGAACAAUGCCAGGGAUACAAGUGUCAUGGAUACUCUACCACUGAAUGGUAACCAUGGCAAUAGUUACAGCAUUGCCAGUGGUGAAUACCUGAGCAACUGUGUGCAAAUCCUAGACCGUGGCUAUAACCAUAAUGAGACCACCCUAGAGAAAAAGAUUCUGAAGGAACUCACUUCCAACUAUAUACCUUCCUACCUGAACAACCAUGAGCGCUCCAGCGAACAGAACAGGAAUCUGAUGAACAAGCUGGUGAAUAACCUUGGCGGUGGGAGUGAAGAUGAUGCCAUUGUCCUGGAUGAUGCCACCUCCUUUAACCAUGAGGAGAGUUUGGGCCUGGAACUCAUUCAUGAGGAAUCUGAUGCUCCUUUGCUGCCCCCAAGAGUUUACUCCACAGAGAACCACCAGCCACACCAUUACACCAGAAGGCGGAUCCCCCAAGACCACAGUGAGAGUUUUUUCCCUUUGCUAACCAACGAGCACACAGAAGAUCUCCAGUCACCCCACAGGGACUCUCUCUACACCAGCAUGCCGGCACUGGCUGGCGUGCCUGCCGCAGAGAGUGUUACCACCAGCACCCAGACGGAACCCCCACCGGCCAAAUGUGGUGAUGCCGAAGAUGUUUACUACAAAAGCAUGCCAAAUCUAGGCUCCAGAAACCACAUCCAUCCGCUGCACACCUACUACCAGCUAGGUCGUGGUAGCAGUGAUGGAUUUAUAGUUCCUCCAAACAAAGAAGGGACCCCUCCAGAGGGAAGCGUGAAAGGACCUGCUCAUUUGGUCACUAGUCUAUAGAAGAUGACAGAGAAAUUUAAACCAACAAAACUGCUAACACCUGGUUGACUGUUCCUGAGUUGCUAUAAGCAGUGGUAAUAAUGUGUGUACUCCUAAAUCUUUAUGCUGUUCUUGAAUGACAAACACAAACUCUCAGACUUUUCUUUUUUUUAAUGGGAUUUUUAGGUCAGCCCAGGGGAGAAAGAUAACUGCUGAAAAUCCCCUGUGCCCUAUCCUUUUCUGUCUUUCCCCCCCUCAGAUGGAGACUUCAUUAUGUUAAUGAACAAGAUAUGAAGAAAAUGGCGCUCAUUGUGGCCUUGUUGAAUUAUGUUGUGUUUGGUCUAACAUCUCUGAUGCUGUUACAAUCAUGACAAGGACCUGAUUUUUAAAAGGCCAGAACAGUUAUUUGACAUCAGUAACGAUGCUGCGUCUAGAUUGGAGUGCUGCACAAACAAACAUGAAAGCAAAGCAGAACCGCAUCACACAGUGGUUU